AUGACCUUCUUCUCCCCGAGUUGCAGACGCGUCGAGCAUGUCCAAAGACACGAGAGGACACAUACAAAGGAGAAGCCCUUCUCCUGCGGCUGGGAUCGCUGUGGGAAAACCUUUGGGCGUCGUGAUCUUCUCGUCCGGCACGAGAAGCUCGUUCAUCUGAAUGAAGGCCACAAGGACCCGUCCCGGCCGAGGAAGUUCUCUGGCGCAUCUCUGCACAAGCCUUCUCUUUCCGAUAGCCAUGUCGACCUCGACGCUAUGGGAAUUCACCGGCUGCGGCCACCCCCUCCCCCUCCCCCUACUACCACCACACUGCUCCCUCCAGCGCCGUCGCCGCCGCAUCAGCAGCAGCAACAGCAGCAACAGCCACAGCCGCCUCCACCGCCGUAUCAUCAUGGGUCCAUGAGUUCAGAUGGAGGGAGUCAUCUCGGCCCGCAGAACCCCCAAGUUGCGGCUCGAACUGCAGCUUGCAACCUGGAUCUUCUUUCUGAUGCCGCCCUGGCGAGUGAGGUCAACACCAUGCAGCCCCUGCUCAACGACAUGCCCCAGCCGCCCCCGACGCACUCCAGGGUCAAGAGCUAUCCGGACACCAUCGAAGGGUAUGGAGACCGCGCGCGAGCAGAUCCGCCCAUUCUCGCAGCUGGAUUUGGCCCUCAGCCCCAGCAGCCGGCUUACGAGGAUUACAACCUGUUCCUCGACGACUACACGACGCCGCAGCACUUUCUUCCUCCGCACUUUGAGCCUGAUCAGCAGAUGAACUUUUUUGCGCGAUCGCCGGCCGUCUUCCAGCGUGGUAAUUCCAAGCCGAACUCGCAACUCCCCUCCCGCUUUGGGUCUCUUGCCCCUGAUGCGCAGGAACCCAGCUCGCGCUUACACGAGGAACCAUCGCGGUCUCCUCUCCGAAUCUCAGUGGUCGACCACGGCAUUAUCAAGAACCGGCUUGAGGAGUUCUCGGCCGUGCUCCCGGCCGACUUUGUCUUUCCCUCUCGCUACACCCUCACUCGCUUCUUGGAGGGAUACAUUAGCGGAUUUCAUGAGCAGCUGCCCUUUCUUCACUUGCCAACGCUGUCUCCCACGGAACUCGCCCCGGAGCUGCUUCUCGCCAUUCUGGCCGUGGGGGCGCAGUACAGAUUCGAGAGCAAGAGGGGAUAUGCCCUUUGGUAUGCCGCAAAGUCGGUCGCAAUGGAGCAGAUUCGACGGCGGCAUAGUUCGGAGAUUCAUGCCCUCUUGCCCAACGCCUCCUCUUACAGUCCUCACUCGACACGCCCUUCACCCAGCACCUCUUACCGGCACUCAUUUGCGUCGGCGCAGUCGGAGAGGCCAAUCACCCAGGACACACAUCGAGAGCCAUAUUCUCCAAACACGCCCCAGUCUCGAUUGGAAACAAUCCAGGCCGUUCUUCUCCUAUUCUCUGUCGGCCUUUGGGGAGCCAAGACAAUCCUCAACGAGGCGCUGUCGCUGCAGAGCACGUUGGCUAUCCUGAUCCGAGAGGAGGGCCUCACGGAGGACAUUAGCCAAGCAAGCGUGACAGACUGGGAUGCUUGGAUCAAGCGUGAGGGGGCGACCAGGACCAAGCUGAUUGCUUACUCCUUCUUCAACCUCUGCAGCAUCGCAUAUGAUCUGCCGCCUCUGCUGGUCACAUCUGAACUCAAACUCUCGCUGCCUCUUCCCGCCAGGCUCUGGAGAGCGGAAACGGCGUGGCAGUGGCAAGAGCUGCGGCAGUCGACGCCCAUGGUGGAGAUUACGGUUCACGAGGCCAUUGCCCGGCUGUUUGGCCGGACCAACCAAGGACUGCCAAACCAUCUGUCGUCGCUGGGAUUCUACGUUCUCAUCCAUGUGCUGAUCCAGCACGUGUACUUCCUGAAGCAAACGUCACUAGCGGCCGGGCUGCCGUUCGAGGCGCAGCGCACCCUGAAGCCGGAGGAUGUGGAAGAAGUCACGCAGGCGCUCCGGGUAUGGCAUACCACGGUCGAGCAGCAUCACUAUCUCCUCGCCACGGGCUCCGGGCCGUUUGCCAGCACAGACUUUUCUCCCGGCGGCCUGCUGGCGUAUAACGCAACGGCUCUUUUGCGUCUUGCGUACAUUCGGCUGUAUAGCGACACUCCUCCAAGCAAAGAGCUGCAGACGAGGGACUCGAUGCUGAUGGCGUCGGCCAUGAUUUCCACCCCUCUGCUUGUGCGCAGUGUGCGGCUCCACGGAGCGGUGUUCCAAGCGGUUCACGCCUUGUCCAUGCUGGUCAAGGCGGGUGUCAACUAUGUUGCGAGAACCAAGUCUACAGAAUGGAGCAUUCAGCACUCUUUGUGUAAUUUCGAGUGUGCGCUUCUUCUAGCCAAGUGGCUGUUGACACUGGGAUCUCUUACGCCGUCUGAUGCUCCCAUCACCCUCGACGAGAGGAAUCUCUUGGAGACAGUGAGGAGGAUGCUGGACGAAACGGAAUUCGCCGUUCCCGUUGACCCGUCCUUGACUGGUGCAAAUGCAAACCCGCAGUUGGAAGCAGCAACCACAGACCCCAUGAAGCUGAGGCAGCUCGCAAGUGCAGUUGUGCGUCUCUGGGGCGAGACGUUCAAGGGCACUCACAUCUUUGACAUGAUCAAGACGAUGGGUGCCAGUUUGGAUGGGUAUGCUGACCUGGUGGACAAGCCGAGAGACCGCGUGGCUUUGGCACCAAAUGCGGCCAUGGCUUGA